AUGCCCCCGUCAACAGCUGUCCCCUCCUUAUCGAACGACACUGCCUCGACGCCUGCAUCCUCGUCAAGUGCAUCCUUGGACACAAGAUGGGCGUCCGGGCUCGCAGGUCAUGAGAUCCUCGAGGAUGAUGGAACUGGGGCGCUCAUCGUCCCAGCUCACACUGAUCAUCGCACCACCCCCUAUACUUAUAUCUGUUUGUUCCAUCUUCUUGACUGUCACAUCACGUUUGACAAUGCCGAGGACUGGAGACUCCAUGUCUUCAGCCACUUUCGCACACACGAGCCUCCCAAGACAGCGCGCUGUCCCCUGUGUCCUGGGGAACGGUUUACCGAUACCGCUGAAACGAGAGCAUGGGAUGCAAUGCUCGACCACGUCGAUGUGGCCCACUAUCAACAGGGCCAGACUCUGGCCGGCAGCCGGCCUGACUUUGAGUUGAUGCAGUACCUGUAUGGCCUAAGGAUCAUCAGCGUAGAUCAAUUCAAAGUGAUGCAACUCCCGCCGCCCCCUUCGAGCCCUGCAUACCAUCAAUCGCAGGAACCAGUUCGUGCAAGCAUCGGCUCUUCCGAUGAGCCCUACUGUGCUCCGUAUAGUCGGCGCCGCGAGGAGAGAAUGCGUAAUCAGCGUCGAGGGGUUAGCGUCGCUUGA